UAUUUGGGACGGAGCCGGUGUAUGAACGUGAAGGCUGUAAGGAAAAGCAUCUGGAGCUGAGAACCGAAGGAGUGAAGCUCGUCAUCAGCUGGCGGUUUGUUAGAAAGCGUCGCGUUCACGUAUCGAGCAGUUAAUAAAUCCGUGUAACGGUCGAUGUAAGUGUCCUCCCUCGUCGUCGUCUUCUUCUUCGUAGUGGGAGGAGGAGACGAUGUGUUUUAAAGGUUUAAAAGUUCUGAUCUGGAGAAGCUGUCACUGAGAAUGACUCACACUAUCUGACUCCAAGGCGGCAGGAAUCGAUUCGUUAACAUAGAUUCGUUACAGACAAGAACCGACACCAGGAUGUCUCAUAAAGUCAUAAACUAUCAAGAUAAAAUGUCUCUUUACGUAGAAGGUGUGAGUACGUCGGGGCCGCCGGACAGCUUCAUGGCUCAGUUUCAGGAAGUGAUGCGUCAGCAGCUGGAGUGCUCCAUGCACGCCGAGCUGGAGAAGCUGUUGAGCACGGCUAAAGGAGCAGACGCUGAGAUCUGUAAGAAGGACUUUGAGGGCUUUAAGAAGAUCUUCCACAGGUUCCUGCAGGUAAAAGGACCUUCAGUGGACUGGGCCAAAAUCAACAGACCUCCAGAGGAUUCGAUCCAGCCCUAUGAGAAAAUCAAGGAGAAGGGUUUACCUGAGAACGUAGCCGACAGCCUGAACAAGCUGGUGGUGGUGAAGCUGAAUGGAGGUCUGGGCACCAGUAUGGGCUGCAAAGGGCCUAAAAGUCUCAUCAGUGUGCGAAACGAAAACACCUUCCUGGACCUGACUGUGCAGCAAAUUGAGCACUUGAACAAGACGUACAACACUGACGUCCCGCUGGUCCUGAUGAACUCGUUCAACACUGACGAGGACACCCGAAAGAUACUGCAGAAAUACACACACCACCGGGUCAAGAUACACACCUUCAACCAGAGCAGGUAUCCCAGGGUCAAUAAGGAGUCUCUGCUGCCCGUGUCGAAGGACGUCAGCAUGGUGGGAGAGAGCGCCGAGGGAUGGUACCCGCCCGGACACGGAGACAUCUACGCAAGCUUCUAUAACUCGGGCUUGCUGGAGCAGCUCAUCGCCGAGGGGAAGGAGUACAUCUUCGUGUCCAAUAUCGACAACCUGGGAGCCACCGUGGACCUGCACAUCCUCAACCACCUAGUGAGCCAACCCAACGGCAAGCGCUGCGAGUUCAUCAUGGAGGUCACGGACAAGACCAGAGCCGACGUCAAGGGAGGAACUCUGAUUCAGUACGAUGGGAAACUGAGGUUACUGGAGAUCGCGCAGGUUCCCAAAGCCCACGUUGACGAGUUCAAAUCAGUCUCCAAGUUCAAGAUCUUCAACACCAACAACCUGUGGAUCUCGCUGGCCGCCAUCAAGAGACUGCAGCAGCAGAACGCCAUGGACAUGGAAAUCAUCGUGAAUCCUAAGACUCUGAACGGCGGCCUGAACGUGAUCCAGCUGGAGACGGCCGUAGGCGCCGCCAUCAAGUGCUUCGAAAACGCUCUGGGCAUGAACGUCCCUCGUAGCCGCUUCCUGCCUGUCAAAACCACUUCCGACCUCCUGCUGGUCAUGUCCAACCUGUACAGCUUGGAGGCGGGAUCUCUGACCAUGAGCAAGAAGAGAGAGUUCCCCACAACGCCGCAUGUCAAGCUGGGCAGCUCCUUCACCAAGGUUCAGGAAUAUCUGACACGCUUCGAGAGUAUUCCUGACAUGCUGGAGCUGGAUCACCUGACCGUGUCCGGAGAUGUGACGUUUGGGAAAAACGUUUCCCUGAAGGGAACUGUGAUCAUCAUCGCCAACCACGGGGACAGGAUCGACAUCCCAGCCGGUUCCAUGCUGGAGAAUAAAAUCGUCUCCGGAAACCUGCGCAUCCUGGACCACUGACCGCUGGCUCCGAUCGUCCGAAACGUGAUCACACGACCUCGCCUCGCCUCACCUCAUGACCGAGGCUCCAUGACUCCACCACGUCCUCUCAUAGACUUAUUUUUGUAUCACACACUUUUAAAGCCUAUUUUCUUCUUUCCUACAUUCCACCAUCAUCCCGUGUCAGUAUAAGAACGGUGUCACGUUUACUGUACAGUAUAUAUAAGCCGAAUCCCUGCUUUUGUUUUUCUACUCCGAGAGAGAUCAGUGUUUUCUCUGUGUGUACUCCCCAUGGUAACAUUGCAGACUGUGCUCAAAUCCCACUUAUGUAAAGUCAAAUGUGAAGGAGAAAAGCAAUAAGCUUUCGAUCACGCUGAACCGUUCCAGGAGCUGCACCGGGUUCGGGAACAAAAUAAAGUGCAAUAUGAAACAAAA